AUGGCAGGCGGCGGAGAACCCGAGCGAAUCGCUCACCCCGAGAACCUUCAAGAGGCCGAGGACCUGUUCCGCAAAAUGCGCGAGAAAUACUCUCAAGAGGCCCAGCCGCGCACACUACACCAGAGGUUGCAAGGAAAGUGGUGGUAUCGCGUGCCUCCCAACCACAGCAAGCCCGUCUACCAGUUCCUGAGCAUUGGCCUUGGUGCAUCCAUGUGGUUCUGGAUCAUGUAUCGGGCGAAGAAGGACGGAGCCGUCCUCCUCGGCUUGAAGCACCCUUGGGAUCACUGA